CCUCCUUCCUUUCCCGGCCCUUGCGUGCCCUCUCCUUUUCUAGCAUGGCGUCGCGCAAGGAAGCGGCCGGUGGCGGCAGUUCUUCCGUGGCUGGCAGCAAAGGCAAGGCCAAGUCGGGCCCGGGGGAUUCCGCGGUGAAGCAAGUGCAGAUCGACGGGCUGGUGGUACUGAAGAUCAUCAAACAUUAUCAAGAAGAAGGUCAAGGCAAUGAAGUGGUCCAAGGUGUGCUGCUUGGGCUAGUCGUGGAUGACAGACUUGAAAUCACCAACUGCUUCCCAUUCCCUCAGCAUACAGAGGAUGAUGCUGACUUUGAUGAAGUUCAGUAUCAGAUGGAAAUGAUGCGAAGCCUUCGGCAUGUAAACAUCGAUCAUCUCCACGUCGGCUGGUACCAGUCCACUUAUUACGGCUCUUUUGUCACCCGUGCCCUCCUGGACUCCCAGUUCAGUUACCAGCAUGCUAUUGAGGAAUCCGUUGUCCUCAUUUACGAUCCUAUAAAAACUGCCCAAGGCUAUCUUUCCCUAAAAGCAUACAGACUGACACCAAAACUGAUGGAAAUUUGCAAAGAGAAGGAUUUCUCUCCAGAAGCGUUGAAAAAAGGAAACAUCACCUUUGAAAACAUGUUUGAGGAAGUGCCCAUCAUCAUCAAGAAUUCCUUUCUCAUCAAUGUUCUUCUUUGGGAGCUCGAAAAGAAGUCGGUGGUAGCAGAUAGGCACGAGUUGCUCAGCCUUGCAAGCAAUAAUCACCUUGCAAAGAGCCUGCAGCUAUUGAUGGACAGAGUGGAUGAGAUGAGCCAGGAUAUUGUAAAAUACAACACCUAUCUACGGAACACCAGCAAACAGCAGCAACAGAAACAUCAGUACCUGCAGAGACGUCAGCAAGAAAACUUGCAGCGUCAAAGUAAAGGGGAGCCGCCCCUCCCUGAAGAGGACAUUAACAAAUUGUUCAAGCCACCACAGCCUCCUGCCAGGAUGGAAUCGCUGUUGAUAGCAGGUCAAAUUAACACAUACAGCCAGAACAUCAAGGAGUUCACUGCGCAGAACCUGGGCAAACUCUUCAUGGCUCAGGCACUUCAAGAGCACAACAAUUAGAGAAGAAGUCCUUGCAAUCUCUUAUCCAAAGAGGAGAUGCCCAGAACCUCAGCUCAUUCUUGCUUGCAGCCUUUUCCAUCGCUCUUGCUUGAAUGAACUGUGGACUAGACUUGUGUAUUUUGUGUGGAAUUACCCUUCUUUUACAGGAUAAAUAAAAGAUCUGUUUAAAACUUUA